AUGCUCUGUGAAGAAAGAUCAAGUGUAGUCGUGCAGUGCUGGCAUGGCAUGAAGCUGGUUCUGCCCCUGCAUGGCAACAUUGUAUUUUUGGCUCUGGCUGCACUGGCGGAGGCCGUAGAGGAGGAGAGCUGCAAUAAUUUAAUAAGUACCAUAGUGUCUGUUGCGUCCUACAUCCCGCAGCUGACGAGGUUCAGCCCCGACCACUGGGGGGUGUCAGUGUGCACCAUCGACGGCCAGCGGUAUUCUAUUGGCGACACUGAUAUUCACUUCACCAUGCAGUCUUGUAGUAAACCAGUAACGUAUGCGAUUGCUCUUAAUGAACUGGGUAACGAAACAGUCCAUAAAUAUGUAGGGACUGAACCCAGCGGUCGUAUGUUCAACGCAAUUGUCCUCGACUAUAAUGAUAAACCACACAAUCCCCUGGUGAACGCUGGCUCUAUACUCGUCAAUGGCCUCCUACAAAGCCUAGUCAAACCCGAUAUGUCUUCGUCCGAAAAAUUCGAUUACGUUCAGCAAUAUUUCAAGCGCAUGGCCGGGGGCGAGUACGUGGGCUUCAGCAACGGCACCUUCCUGUCGGAGCGCGAGAACGCCGACCGCAACUUCUCGCUGGGCUACUACAUGCGCGAGAACAAGUGCUUCCCCGAGAAGUGCGACCUCAUGGCGUCGCUCGACCUCUACUUCCAGUUGAUCCCGCUGUAG